AUGGGGGUCGGAAAGCCAAUAUUUUCAGUGGACAUUCAUCCAGAUGGGACCAAGUUUGCAACAGGAGGACAAGGCCAGGAUUCUGGGAAAGUUGUGAUCUGGAAUAUGGCUCCUGUCCUGAAAGAGGAAGAUGAAAAGAAUGAAAAUAUCCCCAAGAUGCUUUGUCAGAUGGACAAUCACUUAGCUUGUGUGAACUGUGUGCGAUGGUCCAACAAUGGAGUUUACUUGGCUUCAGGGGGAGAUGACAAGCUGAUUAUGGUGUGGAAAAGAGCUGCGUAUAUUGGACCCAGUACUGUGUUUGGUUCUAGUAGCAAACUUACUAAUGUUGAGCAGUGGAGGUGUGUAUCAAUUCUCAGAAGCCAUUCGGGAGAUGUCAUGGAUGUAGCAUGGUCUCCUCAUGAUGCCUGGCUGGCAUCGUGCAGUGUGGAUAACACUGUUGUCAUCUGGAAUGCUGUCAAAUUUCCAGAAAUUCUUGCCACUUUGAAGGGACAUUCUGGCUUGGUUAAAGGACUGACUUGGGAUCCUGUAGGAAAAUAUAUUGCCUCUCAAGCUGAUGACCGAAGCUUGAAGGUGUGGCGGACCAUGGACUGGCAGCUGGAAACAAGCAUCACAAAACCUUUUGAUGAGUGCGGAGGGACAACGCACGUGUUGCGUCUCAGCUGGUCACCUGAUGGUCACUAUCUUGUUUCUGCUCAUGCCAUGAAUAAUUCUGGACCUACUGCUCAGAUCAUUGAGAGAGAUGGAUGGAAAACCAACAUGGAUUUUGUAGGGCAUCGGAAGGCAGUUACAGUAGUGAAAUUCAAUCCAAAAAUCUUCAAGAAGAAACAAAAGAAUGGGAGUUCCACCAAGUCAAGUUGUCCUUACUGCUGUUGUGCUGUUGGUAGCAAGGAUCGAUCUCUCUCUGUCUGGCUCACGUGUUUGAAACGACCUUUAGUCGUCAUACAUGAACUGUUUGACAAGUCUAUCAUGGACAUCUCCUGGACCCUUAAUGGACUUGGUAUCUUAGUAUGUUCCAUGGAUGGAUCAGUGGCAUUUUUGGACUUUUCACAAGAUGAACUUGGAGAUCCACUCAGUGAGGAGGAAAAGAGCAAUAUCCAUCAGUCCACCUAUGGUAAAAGCCUGGCAAUAAUGACUGAAGCUCAGUUGUCUACUACCAUUAUUGAGAAUCCAGAGAUGCUCAAGUAUCAGCAGAGACAACAGCAGCAGCAAGUGGAACAGAAGAAUGCAUCGAUAAGGGAAGCAGCUGGAACGGCAACAGCGGCUCCCAAAGUGGCAAGCAUGGUUAAUGGGGAGAGUUUGGAGGACAUUAGAAAGAAUCUCUUAAAAAAGCAAGUUGAAACACGGACAGCAGAUGGUCGGAGAAGGAUCACGCCUCUCUGCAUAGCUCAGCUGGACACUGGGGAUUUUUCUACAGCGUUUUUCAAUAGCAUCCCAAUAUCUGGAUCUCUGGCUGGCUCAAUGAUGUCUUCUCAAAGUAACCAGCAACUCUUGUCAUUAGAUUCUAAUGCAGCCAAUUCCCUUAAUACUUCAAAGCCUUCUGUAGAGCCAACAGCAGCCAGUAUAAAGCCAACAGAUGAUACAGCAAAUAAAGAUGGUGUAAAUGCUACCUCUGCUUUAGCUGUUCCUCUUGCACCAUCUUCCUCUGUGCUGACAACUCCAUCCAAGAUUGAACCCAUGAAAGCAUUUGAUUCUAGAUUUACAGAACGAUCCAAAGCCACCUCAGGGACUGCUGUAGUAACAAAUACAAAUCAGACUGUUGUGGACAGACUGAAGGAUCAGAAUUUAAUUAAAGACAAUAAGACCAAGGAUAUCCUGCUGGACCUUGAGGGAGAAAUAGUAGAAAAGAAGAAAAAAGGAAGGCCUCGAAAAGACUCCAGACUUGUACCAGUGACUUUAACUGUUCAGUCCCCUGCUACACUGGCCUCUGAGAAAGAUGCUGCUGCACCAGCAUUAGCACUUAAACUGCCAACCCCAAUCCCCCAGAAAAUAUUUACUUUGCAAAUAAGUACAGAUCCGUCAAUGUACCUUGAAGUGGAGAAUGAAAUGACCACAGUGGGAGGUUUGAAGUUGAGUAGGUUAAAGUGUAAUCGAGAAGGAAAGGAAUGGGAGACUGUCCUCACCAGCCGAAUUCUUACUGCAGCAGGAAGCUGUGAGAUUGUAAGUGUAGCCUGUGAAAAACGAACAUUGUCAGUAUUUUCCGCUUGUGGUCGUCGCCUUCUUCCCCCUAUAGUGUUGAACACCCCCAUCUCCACCCUCCAUUGCACAGGUUCCUACGUCAUGGCUCUCACCACUGCAGCCACCCUCUCUGUUUGGGAUGUCCACAAACAGACAGUCAUUGUUAGAGAUGAGUCUUUGCAAACAAUAUUAUCAGGAAGUGAUGCAACUAUGUCUCAGAUCUUGCUGACUCAGCAUGGUAUACCUGUAAUGAGUAUGUCUGAUGGAAAGGCAUAUUGUUUUAAUCCUUCUCUUUCUACGUGGAAUCUUGUUUCUGACAAGCAGGACUCCUUAGCGCAAUGCGCAGACUUCAGGAAUAGUUUACCGUCCCAAGAAGCCAUGCUGUGUUCUGGGCCCUUAGCUGUAAUACAGGGACGAACAUCAAAUUCAGGAAGGCAAGCUGCCAGGUUGUUCUCCAUGCCUCAUUUAGUACAACAAGAAACAACACUUGCAUACCUGGAGAAUCAGAUAGCAGCAGCACUUAUGUUACAGUCCAGUCACGAAUAUCGCCACUGGCUCCUUAUCUAUGCACGGUACCUAGUUAAUGAAGGGUUUGAAUAUCGUUUGCGAGAAUUAUGCAAGGAUUUACUGGGUCCAGUCCAUUACUCAGCUGGAAGCCAGUGGGAAUCAACAGUAAUGGGUUUACGAAAGAGAGAACUAUUGAAAGAACUUCUUCCUGUUAUUGGACAGAACCUUCGCUUCCAGAGGCUUUUCACAGAAUAUCAAGAGCAGCUAGACAUCUUGAGAGACAAGUAGCAUGUUCCCAGAUUUUCCCUGAGGGGCCUGGUCCGAGAGAAACUGCUGAACAGCAUGAAACGGAGGAGA